GGCGGCAUUCAUUGAGGCCGUCGUCGUCAUCACUCAGGUGUCUCAUUCGUAGGAGACUCCGCGGCGGGCGAGAAGGCGCCGAACCCUGAGCAGAGUUCCCAGCGGAGGAUGUCUGAUAGUUGUUGCUCUUUUCUUCCCUUCAACGCACUUUAAUAAUUCUUCCUACGUCCCGACGCGCACGAGCCUCGACCAUGAGCACCUUGAUGGCGUGUAAAGCCGGACGAUGCGGCAGAAGCAGCUCGGAGCCUGUGGAGGACACAGACACCACCAGCUUUGUGGCAGAGAUUUCCUUGGAGACCAAUUACCCUGUCCAAGUCACGGAUCCUCACGCAGAUGCUGUAACACUGCACCUGAGCUCCAUGCCCUCCAGAUACCUGAACCCCUCCCCAGAAAGUAGGAUACGGCAGCCAGUUGAAGAUCUGGAAGACUGCACUUGCCCAACAUCUACGUCUCCAGACUGCCCCAAAGAGCUGCAGAUGUUUAGCAGUCCCUGUGAAAAAUGCUGCUGCUCGGCACCCCCUCCCAAGAUCAGUGACCUCAUGAACGACAAAGACCUGCUGGACAUACUGCGACUGAAAUUGGACCCAAACCACUGCACCAUCAAAAACUGGAAGAACUUUGCGAGUCGCUGGGGGAUGAGCUAUGAUGAACUGACCCUGCUGGAGCACAGGACCCAGGGCUCGUUCUCACACAGCCCCACCCAGGAGUUCCUGCUGCGCUACAACCAAAAGACGGUCACCGAGCUCACAGAACUGUGCCGCAUUUACCAGCGCAUCGACGUGCUGCGACUGCUGCAGAGCUGGAUCGAAAAGGACUGGCCCUCACGCUGGCAGCAGACUCAUUAACCUCUAAAUAGUUCUCCAGUCUCUUUUUGUAGAGACAUAGAACAAAUAAAAACUUAGUACUGGUUUCUCGUGCGCUCCAUCUGGUAAACCAGUUCUACUUUUUUUUAUUUCUAUGUUCCUUUAGGUUCUCUGCAGUUUUUCUUUGGGAUUCUUUGUUUGUUUGUUUGUUUGUUUGUUUGUUUGUUUUUUCUUAUAUCCAGUCUAAAUUUCUUUGAGAAACCUUUUAGUACAAAUCACUGGAAAACUGGCAUAUUUGAGUAGAAAAUGUCAAAUACUUCUGACCUCACUUUGUUUCUUUUCAGUCGUUUUAGAUUGUUGUGAACAGACGGACACCGCAUUCUUCACAGCUUGAUUCGCGGCCCUUUCACUGCGGCUGUGUAAUAAAGGUCCAGCUGGCAUGGUGUCAGUUCACACUAGCUGCGUUUCCAUUGACUAUUUAAUUGUGCAAAUUGCAUUUGGGAUCAUACAUUUGCCUAAUGGAAACACAAUUUCGACAAAAAAAAAAAAACGCACAUUUAUCAAAAACAACGUUUUUGCGUUUGGAAGAGGUGGUUUUUGAGACGUAUCAAGAUUGAUAUAUUUCGCAAAACUGCAAUGGAAACACUUUUAUAAACUAAAAUGAGUCACAUGACCAACAACCGGAUACCAAUGGCUGCCAUGGACACCACACAGCGCCCCCACAGGAGCUCCUACAGCAUCACACAGCUCAUCAAACGUUGUGUCAUGCUGAAUAGUUGGAUCCAAAGCGCCUCUUUUAAAUCACCAACCACAAUUUUCCAAAAUUGUUUGAUCCGUAGCCGCUCCCAAAUGUGAGGAGCUUGCCGCUCCAUGGCCUAAGUAAGACACCAGCGUCUCCUUGGAGAGAUGAUGAGCGCUAGUGCUGUGGCAGAAACUUGAAUGUAUCUGCUGUAAGUCAAAGUAUGUCGCCAUGUUUUUGAAUGACUUGUCGAGUGAGUUGGUUUGUAUUUAUUUGCAUUUGAUUUAAUGGAAACAGUGUAAUUGUAAAAGUGUGUUUUUUCAAUAUUUCUAGAAUUUCUAUGAAGUUUUGCGCACAUGUGUAAUGGAAACACAGCUAGUGUGUCCUCAAUAGCAAAUGAUUCCAUUCCUUAAAGACCCACUCUGAUGAAAAUUGCGUUUCUGUUGUUUUUAACCUGUUUAUGUGGCAUUUUUCUAAUGAUGGAGGACAUUUAUAAAGAAAAUCAAGCAUAAAUUGCACUUCUGAAUAUUUCUUUAUUCAAGCCAGCAGCAGAAAAAUGUCCGUCACCGAUCUUUACCUAUCAAAAACACUUCUGAAACAUUUCUGAUGCUUUGUGAAACAUUUAUUAAAGAGCAUUGCUCAACAUAAAGA